AUGCCCUACGGCGACCGCAUCCUGAAGCAAGGUCUGCAAGGCGACGAUGUCGUCGAGCUGCAGGUGCGCCUGGCGGGCUACCGCGGCACGCUGCCCGACGGCGACUUCGGCUCGGGCACCGAGUUGCAGGUCAAGGUCUUCCAGGCCGACUUCAUGAAGAUGGCCGCGCCCACCGGCGUGGUGGACCGCGCGACCUUCCUGGCCAUCGACCAGCUCGCGCAGCGCUUCCCGAUCGACUUCGCCACGCUGCGCUGCCGCUGCGGUACCUGCAGCGGCUUCGGGCAGGGCAAGUUCAAGGGGCUGUACGUCGGCAGCGUCAAGACGGAGCAGAACUACCGCUACGAGUACCCGGGUCUGCACCGCAUGAUCCUGUGGGCCGCCCGGGCGCUGUUCGCCUACCGGCCGGACAUGCAGUUCGUGUUCAGCUCCGGCUACCGCUGCAGCGUGGACAACCAGAUCCACCAGCGCACCACCACCAACCAUCACGGCAAGGCGGUCGACAUCGACAUCGUGCUGCCGCCCGGCAUGAGCAAGCGCGACGACAUGGCGCGCUGCGACGAGGUGCGCGGGCUGCUCGUGGCCAAGUCCAACGCCCAGAUCGGCUGGCUGGGCGCCAACCGCAAGUCGCUCGAGCCCGCCGACAUCGCGCCCACAUGGGUGCAUUACGACGUCCGCAGCUACGAACCGAAGUACCUGAAGAACGAUUUCUUUUGCCAGGACCUCGCCGGCCUGGACCGUCAGCGGCCGAUCACCGUCUGA